ACAGCCAAAUCUACGUGUGCAAACAUAUGUAUGUACAUAUUUAAUAUUUACAUAUAUCAUACUCUGCUCCACAUAUAAAUAAUUUCGGUGAAACGUUUGUUAUUAAAUAUUUAAGUACGACGUAAUAAAUUCGUUUGGUAACUUUUUAUGUUCAGUGUUGUUUUGAAAAUUACACAAUCAAGUGGAGGAGAGAUUUUAAAGGAGAACAUAUAUUUCAAAGGGAUGGAAACGAGAGGGGAUGAUGAUAAGGAGAGGGUUAUCGGACUCAUAGACAUGGACUGCUUCGAGUGCCAAGUUUAUCAGAGGGAUAAGCCCAAGUUGAAGGGAAGCCCGUGCGUCGUGGCUAAUUCGAAGGGACGAAUUGUCUCUGUAAACUACGAAGCACGUCCUAGUGGUAUAUCCAGAUCUCUGUGCGUGUCCGAUGCAAAGAAGAAAUGUGAGAACUUGACUGUCUUCAAAAUCCCCGACGUGCUUGGAAAACCGGAUAAUUCAAAGCUACGCCACGCCUCGCAAGAAGUACUCGACAUAAUUAAGGAUUACAUUGGAAAGAAUGGACUGGAUCAAAUCGUCCUCGAGUACAGCCCGACCGACGAAUUUUACUUGGAUUUGACAAACCAGGUGGAUCAUGAGCUACAAAACGUAUUCAAAAAAGCGUACUAUGGGAUGAUCGCGAGUUCCCAAAUAUUUCCCCACUUGAUCGCCAUUCUAUUGUUCCUUUGUACGUUACUCCAACACAACUCGUUAGCUGCCUUGUUUGUAUGUCUCCUCAUCAUGCCCAAAUUCUUGAAGGAAUUAAAAUCUACCCGAGAGAGGAUGCGGUUACACUGUGGGGCCUCCCUGAUUCGCCGUGUCUGUAACGAGAUAGAAUCCAAAAGCAGAAUGACCGCGUCUGGAGGGGUCUCCGGUAACAAAUUUCGCGCAAAACUAGCCUCUUCAGAGAAUAAGCCGAAUGGGGUCGCAAUAAUAGAAGGGAACGAUUUUAACGACAUUUUGUCUUCCAAAAAGAUCAGGGAUGUUCCCGGGUUGAAGAGUGGUUUAGGAGAGAAAGUGAGCUCCACGUGGGGGAUUAGGGAAAUCCAGGAAUUAAAGAAAUACUCACGGGAUGAGUUGCAGCGGUACCUGGAAGCUGACGAGGUGGAUAAAAUCCUUAACAUUUUGACAGGGAUUGACCCCAGCCCAGUUAUUGCGAAGGAAUUCUCGGCAGCUAUUCAUUGCAGGAAGACGAUCUUCGCUGCUCGUCAGACUGGGCAUGGGGAGACCUACGGAGCUGGAAAGGGUUGGCUAAACUGAUCUGGCUGCUAUUAAUGUGGUCCAUGUCUUUUUUGAGGGAGGGUAGAUCAUCAUCGCGUAAGGAAGGUUAAGGUUCUCAUGGAUGACGCGUAAUCUCACUCUGCCCCUAUCCAAUGUCUUCAAUUGCAAUUUCUAAAAUUGAAUCAUCUCCAUGAGUUUUGAGAAUUCGAGGGGAAGGACACUUUAACUAAUGAAUGUAUAUUUAUUCACCACAAUCUGCGACCGGUUUCAAAAAUUUUCUUCAGGCUAGUGUGAAAGCAAGUGACUCCAUAAUAUCAAAAAAUGAGUGUGUAGUAUUGUGAGUUUCUGGUUUAAUUAGGCUCCUUGUAUUAAAUAAAUAAAUACAUUUAAAAUCACAGUUUUCUUUAAAAUGGGAUAAAUAUUCUUAAUUGGAGGCGAAAAUAUUGGUUGUAAAGAGAGAACAGAAACUGUGGAGAAACUAUGGAGUUGAUUCAAUUGUAGAAAUUGCAUUUGAAGACAUUGGGUAGGGGCAGAGUCAGAUUACACGUCAUCCAUGGGAACCUUAAGGUUGCACAAUUUCCUCCUGGUUUUAAAGUGACGAUUACUCUCGAUUUGCAGGGAAGCCAAAUUUGCAAAAAUUGUUUACUGAUCGGUGCACCGAGUUGCUGGAACGCUUGGAAGAAGAGAAAAAACGAAAUGGAAGAAGGGCAAAGAAUAUUUCCGUGGAAAUUUCCUACCUGACCAACCCAAGUGAUGAAUCAUCUGCUAAAGGAAAUGUUAGAACUUUCACACCAAAAUGGGUCCAAGGUGCGGCUCGAAUGGCGAAAGAAGGGGUCCGACUGGAAAUAUGGACAUAUUUUGAAAAAAAGGACACAUAAAGAAAUGAAAUACAUGACUUAUAAAUGUUGAUACACUAGAAUUUAGAUUUUACUAUUUCAAAGAAUAAAUCUCUGUAACUGUACGAAUCGAUUGAGAA